AUGGCAUCAUGCCUCAUAGCAUUGAAGACUGUUUCAAGAGGCUUCGGAGGAGGGCGCCCCUUAGCCCCAUCGAUGGACAGAACAGCUUUGCAAACAGAUACGUGGUGGAGGAGUCAAUGGAUUAACCCCCUGAUAGUAAAAAAGAAGAAGUCAAUCACAACGUUGUUUAUAAGUCGCGGCACGAAACUAGCGCUGGCUGGUUAUUGCGCAGAACCGCCGUAUGUGAAGCACUUGCCAUAUUUUCCUGACUAUGGCCGUGGCGGCCCAAGUCAGAAAUUACCAUAUUACCAUAAGCCUGGCAAUGGCCGUGGCGGCCCAAGUCAGAAACUGCCAUAUCCCCUAAAGCCUGGCCGUGGCGGUCCAAUUCCGAAACUGCCAUAUUAUCCCCCAAAGCCUGGACGUAAACCUAGACCUGGAGUAAGAGAAAAUCCUAGAGGUGAUAAAAUGAAGGGGAUGUUGUGGGUAAGUAGGCUUGAAAUAGGGAGUUUGGGCCAUGACCCACCACGCGGGGACAGUGCAGAUUGGGCCACUGGCCGUGGCGUGGCAUCGUUAGCACCCGCCAAUCCGCACUCGGCGCGCGUGAUAGGUCAUAGCCCAAUCUCCCUAUUCCAUCCAUAGCAGUGUUUCCGGACCAAUACGACCUAAAAACCUUCAAAAAAAGAGCGUACUCCUUCCUUAAAGGCCGGCAUCGCAUUUGUGAUACUCCUGGUGUUGCAGGUGUCUAUGAAGAGAGAAGCUCCGUGGAACAAAGAAGAGAUCAUGGCAAUCUUAUGCAGUAAAUACAUAA